UGUGGGCUUAGAAGCGGCGCGACCAUGGCGGAGCGCGGACAGCUCCCUCCGGCCGCCAAGCGCCUCUGCUGCAGACCGGGCUACGGGGCCGGGUGCAGGCCCGGACAGCGGGCGGGGAGCGUCGGCGGCAUUCAGCUCAGCGACGGCUUGAGCGGCGGCGCCCUGUGCGUGGCGGGACCGUCCUCCUCGUCCUCCGCCGCCUCCGCUUCUGUCCCCGUGGCUUUCCCCCCGGCCCUGGCCGCCGCCUACGCCGCCGCGUUGGGGGUCCUCCCGCUGGGCAAGACGCAGAGCCCGGAGUCGCUGCUGGACAUCGCGGCGCGGCGGGUGGCCGAGAAGUGGCCCUUCCAGCGCGUGGAGGAGCGCUUCGAGCGCAUCCCGGAGCCCGUCCAGCGCCGCAUCGUGUACUGGUCCUUCCCCCGCAGCGAGAGGGAGAUCUGCAUGUACUCCUCCUUCAACGCCGCCGUCAACGCCGCCACCGAGGACGCCGCCAACGCCUCCGCCAACGCCUCCGCCGCCAACGCCUCCGCCAGCGCCGCCUCCCCCAACGUGGGCUCCGCGUCCGGAAACAGUGGCGGCGGCGGCAACAACAAUAACAACGGAGGCGGCAGCAACAACAAUAACAACGGGCCCGGAGGAGCCGCCGACGCCGCCUCGGGCGACGAGAGCCGCUUGCCCUUCCGCAGGGGCAUCGCCUUGCUCGACGGCGGCUGCGUGGACAACGUCCUGCAAGUCGGUUUCCACCUCAGCGGCACAGUGACCGAGCCUGCAGUGCAGUCAGAGCCAGAAACUGUUUGCAAUGUAGCUAUCAGCUUUGAUCGUUGCAAGAUUACCUCAGUGACCUGUAGCUGUGGAAACAAAGACAUAUUUUACUGUGCUCAUGUCGUGGCACUUUCUUUAUAUCGGAUCCGCAAGCCUGAUCAGGUCAAACUGCAUCUUCCCAUUUCAGAGACUCUCUUUCAGAUGAACAGAGACCAACUCCAGAAGUUUGUACAGUAUUUGAUCACAGUGCACCAUACAGAAGUUUUGCCAACUGCUCAAAAAUUAGCAGAUGAAAUCCUUUCUCAGAAUUCAGAGAUCAAUCAAGUUCAUGGUGCCCCUGACCCAACAGCUGGUGCUAGUAUAGAUGAUGAAAACUGCUGGCAUCUUGAUGAAGAGCAAGUCCAAGAACAGGUUAAGCUCUUUCUUUCCCAGGGUGGAUAUCAUGGAUCAGGGAAGCAGCUCAACUUGCUUUUUGCAAAGGUGCGAGAGAUGUUAAAGAUGAGAGAUUCAAAUGGUGCUCGAAUGCUGACAUUGAUAACAGAACAGUUCAUGGCUGACCCCCGCCUAUCACUUUGGAGGCAACAAGGGACUGCUAUGACAGACAAAUACAGACAACUCUGGGAUGAAUUAGGUGCUCUCUGGAUGUGUAUAGUCUUAAAUCCUCAUUGCAAAGUGGAACAAAAGGCCAGUUGGCUGAAACAGCUGAAAAAAUGGAACAGUGUUGAUGUUUGUCCCUGGGAGGAUGGGAACCAUGGAAAUGACCUACCCAGCCUAACCAAUGCUUUGCCUCAGGGUGCAAAUGCAAUCCAAGAUUCCUUGAACAGGUCUCACCGGACAGUAUUCACCCGAGCCAUUGAGGCCUGCGAUCUCCACUGGCAGGACAGCCAUUUGCAGCACAUUAUUAGCAGUGACCUGUAUACGAACUACUGUUGCCAUGAUGAUGCUGAAAACUCGCUCUUUGACUCUCAUGGGUGGCCCCUCUGGCAUGAACAUGUGCCUACAGCCUGUGCAAGGGUGGAUGCUCUGAGAUCUCAUGGCUAUCCCAGAGAAGCACUGCGGCUUGCUAUAGCUAUUGUUAAUACGCUAAGGAGGCAGCAGCAGAAACAGCAGGAAAUGUUCCGGUUCCAGAAGAAAGAACUUCUCCAUAAAGGAGUAACCUCUAUAACUAACUUGGAAGGCUGGGUUGGGCAUCCCUUGGAUCCAAUUGGCACCCUUUUCAGUAGUCUUAUGGAAGCAUGCAGAGUGGAUGAUGAGAGCUUCCAUGUGUUCUCUGACUUCUCAGAGAACAUAGGUCAGUGCAGAUCUCUGGAAUAUUACCACCUGCCUGCCCACAAAUUCUUAGAAGAAGGGGAAUCUUUCCUGACGCUAGCCGUUGAAGUGGCAUUGAUAGGACUGGGGCAGCAACGGAUAAUGCCCGAUGGCUUGUAUGCCCAAGAGAAAGUUUGUCGGAAUGAGGAACAGCUGAUUUCCAAGCUGCAGGAAAUAGAACUGGAUGACACCCUGGUGAAAAUUUUCCAAAAGCAAGCAGUCUUCCUAUUAGAAGCUGGACCUUAUAGCGGUCUGGGUGAAAUCAUCCAUCGAGAGAGUGUUCCAAUGCACACAUUUGCCAAGUACCUUUUCACCUCUCUCCUACCUCAUGAUGCUGAACUAGCAUACAAAACUGCACUGAGAGCAAUGCGGUUACUAGUAUUGGAAUCCACAGCCCCAUCGGGAGAUAUGUCUCGCCCGCAUCACAUUGCAUCAGUUGUUCCAAACCGGUAUCCCCGAUGGUUCACCCUCAGUCACAUUGAAUCUCAGCAGUGUGAGUUGGCAUCAACUAUGCUAACUGCAGCCAAAGGUGAUGUUCGAAGGCUUGAAACAGUGUUAGAAUCUAUCCAGAAAAACAUUCACUCCUCAUCACACAUCUUCAAGCUGGCGCAGGAUGCAUUUAAAAUAGCAACAAUUAUGGAUACUCUGCCAGAUAUCACCCUUCUGAAAGUCUCUCUGGAGCUGGGUCUUCAGGUGAUGCGUAUGACAUUAUCAACAUUGAAUUGGCGGAGGCGGGAGAUGGUGAGGUGGUUAGUAACAUGUGCAACAGAAGUAGGUGUUUACGCACUGGAUAGCAUCAUGCAAAGCUGGUUUACACUCUUCACUCCAACUGAGGCGACUAGUAUUGUUGCUACCACCGUGAUGUCCAACAGCACCAUUGUCCGCUUGCAUCUGGACUGCCACCAGCAGGAGAAACUGGCCAGCAGUGCUAGGACGCUUGCUCUGCAGUGUGCGAUGAAGGAUCCUCAGAACUGUGCCCUCUCUGCACUUACCUUAUGUGAAAAGGACCAUAUAGCUUUUGAGACUGCUUACCAAAUCGUUCUUGAUGCUGCUGCAACCGGCAUGAGUUAUACGCAGCUGUUCACUAUAGCACGUUAUAUGGAACAUCGUGGUUAUCCCAUGCGGGCCUACAAGCUUGCCACGUUGGCCAUGACGCAUCUCAACCUGAGUUACAAUCAGGACACACACCCUGCCAUUAAUGAUGUUCUGUGGGCAUGCGCUCUUAGCCAUUCCCUUGGCAAAAAUGAACUUGCGGCGAUUAUACCUCUGGUUGUCAAAAGUGUCAAAUGCGCAACAGUACUGUCGGACAUCUUGCGUAGAUGUACUUUGACCACUCCAGGAAUGGUGGGACUCCAUGGAAGGAGGAACUCUGGGAAACUCAUGUCAUUGGACAAAGCCCCACUGAGGCAACUCCUGGAUGCCACAAUUGGAGCGUAUAUUAAUACCACACAUUCUCGACUCACGCACAUCAGUCCACGGCAUUACAGCGAGUUCAUAGAGUUCCUGAGUAAGGCCCGAGAGACCUUCCUAAUGGCACACGAUGGACACAUUCAGUUUACACAGUUCAUUGACAACCUAAAACAAAUUUACAAAGGCAAAAAGAAACUGAUGAUGUUGGUUCGUGAACGGUUUGGUUGACAAAAACAAUGUGUGACUGGCGUGAUGGGGUGGGGGGUGGGAGAGAAGUGGGAGGGCGGUAUGUUUUUACUUGAGCCUGCCUUUGUAUUCUUUUUAACUUAAACAGAGCCACACCGGUAUUAUAUGUGUAUAGUUAUAUACUGAGUUUGCGAAACUAAAAUGUCACUCUGUAAAGGUUUGUGUGUGUGUAUGCGCGUGUGUUUUCCUUUUCCGUUCUGUAUGAGAGAUUGAGAGGCUUAAAAAUGUUUGGUUUACACUGAGUAUAUGUUGUCAAGUGGCAGAAAUCCACAGAGCUCUCCUGUUCUUUCUGUAUAUGUUCAUGGCCUCAAAUCAAACAAAACAAAAAAAACAAAAAACAAAAAAGAGAGAGAGAAAUAUAUUGCAAUGGCUUUAAAAAGAAAAACCAAACAAAAACACCUCCAUCCUGUGAUAAGUACCUCGAAUGGCUCCAGCUUUACUCCUUUGUAACUCAUCCUGACAUUUCAGCUUACUUAAAUGAACCAACCACACAAAUAACAAAAUAGUUUCAAAGGCUGACCCACCAUGUGGCUUUGCAGUGCUUUUUCAUCCAGAAGCAUGGCACAUGAUGCUUGUGCAUGUGGAACCUUAGCGACUGUCAACAUACAUUCUCAGGGAUUUAUCUGAAAAAAAAUUAAAGAAUGAGAACAUUUAUUGUACUGUAUAUAUAUUAUAGUAUAUGUCGGAAUAUUGAGAAAAUAUAACAUUAACUAAUUUAUAAAAAAAUCUAUAAUGCGAAAAUACUUGAAGCUGCAGUAGCUUGGUUUUAAACAAAAACAAGAAAAACGUAUUGAAAAGACGUCUGUGCGCCUAGCUUCAGGGCUGGCUCAGGUGAUCAUCAUAAUAUGCUGGGCAUCUAUGCAGAGCCACCUUUUGGAUUGCAUUGUUGAAUGGAAAUUGGGCGAUAAUUUAUACAUAUAUAUAUAUUUAUACAGACAAAUAUGUAUAUAUGUAUACAUAUUUGUGCUCGUGUUAACAGGCACUCUAAUAAAAGAGGGGACAACACAGUCAGAGCAGCAAGCCUUAGCAUUAAGAAUACAGUAUGCCAGAUUUGGGGUUUGUGCCUCCUAGCCUAGAAAACUUAAAUCUUCUUUUUCUUUUUCCCCCCACACACAGGGUGGCUAUAGGUAAUGAUGUAUCAUAUUGUCACCCCAUGUGAACCUAACUGGGAUGCACACAAACAGCAUUGCAUCCUGGUUACCUGAUUGAAUUUUUUUUUUGACCACUCGUCUUGAAAUGAACAUAUUACUGAAGCAGUACAAUGGGAAAAUUGUCCUACCAAUUGGCCAGACACUGCAAGUAACCAGCUUCAAAUGCUGUUUGUGCGCAAUGCACUUGGCUCGGAAAUGGUGACCUUGUGUGAUACUUUCGCCUGUUGCUACCUGUAAUGUUUUCCAAAACAAUUGACAUAAUACAUUACGCCUUUGCAGUGAGCUAAUAAUAAGCUAACCUUUGUGCACAAAUAACAUAUAUAUUAUAUAUAUAUAAAUAUAUUCUGCAUAGGUAUUUGACUUUGUGCAGGACAGAAAGUUGUGUAGGUAUGACUGUUCUACUAUUCAGUUUGUUUGUUUUAAAAUAUUUUUAUUUCCUAUAGAAUUACUUCAAAAGAAAGCAGCCUUCUAUCUUGCCUUGUCUUAAUGCUUUAAAAUAACCAAACUGGAGAUCUAACUACCAAACUGUUUUAUUAUUAUUAUUAUUAUUAUUAUUAUUAUUAUUAUUACCACCACCGAUUUUGGUUACAGUAUAGUCUCUUUUACUUUAGCUGUUGGUUCUGUACCCUUGUGCUUUUUAAACUAUUUUUUUAACAUUUUGGUGCAAACGUCUUGUGUCUCGUUCCUUUCGUUAGAGAACAUGCUAGAGGUAUGUCUGUAGGCAUUUUUGUUUGUUUAGGGGGGGGGGAACUUGUUCUAUGCUCUCCAUUUUAUUUAUUAUACUAGGGAAAAAAAGGUUGUAUUUCAUCACCCAUGUAAACAUGCUCAUGAAGUUGAAAGUAAUUAAGAUUUGAUACACUGAUAUCAAUUUAUUUAUGUAACUAAAUCACUGUUUUAUAAACUUGUUAAUGAUCAACAAUUUUUUUGUUUUGAUUAAAAUUAGUUUUUUGGAAGUUGA